UGCGGCGGCGGCGGCGAUGGCCAGCGGGGCGCCCGUGCUGGAGCUGCUCGAAGAAGCCACUUGCUCCACCUGCCUGGAGCUCUUCCAGGACCCCGUGCUCGUCCCGGGCUGCGGCCACAACUUCUGCCGGAGCUGCCUGGCGCGCAGCUGGGGGGAAGCAGAGUCGGAGGCUUCCUGCCCCCAGUGCCGACGGGCGUUCCGGCCCCGGGACCUCGUCGCGAACCGGCAGCUGGCGCUGGUGGCGGAAAUCGCCCGGCUAUGGGGCCUUCGGGGCGGGGAAGGAGGGGGCUUCUGCGGGACGCACCAGGAGCCCCUCAAGCUCUUCUGCAAGGACUGCGAGACCCUCAUCUGCCUGGUCUGCGACCGAUCCCGAGAGCACAGGGACCACCGGGUGAUUCCCCUGGAGGAGGCUUUCCAGGAGUACCAGCUUGCUGGGGAGAAGCCCCUCUCCUCCCGUUAUUUGGGCAGCGCCCCCUUGCCAUGUGGGCUUUCUCCGCAGCCCCCUGGCUUCCGCAGGGGCAUCUGUCUGGACCUAAUCCAAAGAGAGAGAGGAAAGACAGUGGCUGAGUUCAGAGAACUACGAUGCUGGUUAGAAGAUCAGGAGAAGCUUCUGCUGGCCAGAAUGGAGGAGACGGAGAAGGAGGUUGUGGCCAGAAGGGACAAGGGUCUGGCCCAACACGUGGAGGAACUCUGCUCUCUUGAUGAACUCAUCCAGGAGAUGGAGCAGAAGCAUCAGCAGCCAGCAAGCGAGCUCUUACAGGACAUUGGAAGCACCUUGAAGAAGUACCAGACAAAAAAGCCAUAUGAGAAUCCGGUGGCUUUUCCUCUAGAGCUGAAGUGGACAAUCUGGGAUUACAGCGAUAUCAGCGUCUUUCUGAAAGGCGUCAUGAAACAAUUCAGAGCAAAGGUCAUUCUAGAUCCAGACACAGCCCAUCGCCGCCUCACCUUCUCGGCGGAUCGUAAACGCGUCAGAUAUGUUUAUGGAAAACUACGCCCCCCAAAAAACUCUAAGAGAUUUGAAUAUUGUUCUUAUGUCCUUGGAUGUCAGGGGUUCUCAAGAGGGAGACAUUUCUGGGAAGUCACUGUAGGAAAUGAGAAUCAGGGAUUCGGUGUAUGGGCUGUAGGGGUUGCCAAAAAGUCAGUGAACAGAUAGAAUAUCUUCAGUCCUUGUCCUCAGGAUGGGAUCUGGGAGGUUGGGAAAUACAGAAGUACGUUCCAGAAGCUGAUUCGCCUAGAAUACCCCGAAGUUCACCUGAACGGGGAGCCCAAGAGGAUCCGAGUCUCCCUGAACUGCGAAGGGGGACAGGUGGCCUUUUUUGAUGCCCAGACCGCAGCCCUGCUCUACACGUUCUCGGGUGCUCCCUGGGCUGGAGAGACCCUUCUGCCCUCCUUCCUUCUGAGCAAGGAUGUCUCCCUGACACUCUCCCCCUAAAACUUGGGAAAUACGUGGAGAAAACUUUCGAAAACUCCCUACUGGCCAAGCAGUGAUCUCUGAAAGCCUGUAGGGCAAAUCUGCACAGAA